AUGGCAAGUACUUUACCACCUUAUAUAAAAUACUUGUCGGCUAUUGUAUUGAUCUUUGGUAUACUUUAUAAAUAUGAAAUUCCUACAACUGAUAAUAAAACAUUUUUAUUAACAAAAAAAUCUACAUUGCAAUAUAAUAAAUCACAUGUCUAUCAGAUAAUAACAAAUAUCGAUCGUUAUGCAUUGUGGUAUCCGAAUGUAGCUCGUGUUGAACAGAGCAAACCAAUAUCAUCCGGAUCUAAAAAACAGGUCGAUGGCAAAUAUCAAUUGAUUACUAAAAUACCUUUGAUUGGUGAUAUAUCAUCGGAAUUAACUAUUCAUACAAAGGAUCGACCAAAACGAUUUGUUUAUUCAGUUGAUUCAUGGUUACUUGAAAUAAAUUCAAUUGAAUUAAAAGAUAAUUCAAAUAAUAUCAAUUCAACUGAUAUUCAAUGGACCGUAUAUACAAAACGACGUAGUAUGCUUUUUCAGUAUUUAAUUUUACCAUUUGCUAAAUUUUAUAAAAAUCAACUUGUUCGCGAAGCACUCUUUACUCUCAUGCUUCAAAUUCGUAAUCUUUAA